UUUAAAACAUGGAGAACGAAAUUAGUCAACUACUAUAUAUAUACUAUCAUAUCAAAUUAAACACAUACAUUUACUUUAUAUAACAUCCUUAACCUUUAGCCAGCUAGCAGCAAGUGCUUCUGCUUUUGCGACCCUUGCAGACCAAGAUCAGUCUUCACAUCCAUGCAGACUGAUCUUGGUCUGCACUGUUUGCUAUUCAGUCAGUAUUUUUUUUGUGAAUACCCCUUCGAAUAAUAUUUUGUUCUGCCUAAACUCAAUGAUAAACCAGUCCAUUUCAGAACUUUUACAGGGAAAUGGUUUGUUAGAAACCUACCUACCAAAACGACAUCAGGUGCCGAUCAUUUAAUAUUUGCGGAGGGUGGAGACUUUUUAAGAAAAUCCUUUCUUUGGUUUUGCUUGUUAAUAUUCUGGUUUCAAUAUAUUAAAAAAAUCUGAUUCCAAAAUCACUGGAAAAGAUCAGGCUCAAAGUAAUAUUUCCAUUACUCUGAAAGCUGUAUUCUUAAGGUAUAGGUCCAUGUUUCGGAGAAAAAAAGUUCGAACAUCAUCAAAUCAUAGAAAGAAAGCAUUGUUUUACAUGAAAAUUCAACAGCGUAUAAAACAUUUAUAUUAUUUUACAAAACCAUUGUCAAUUUACGCAUAUAUUUAUUGAAUUCCGGAAAGGGACUGCUUGAAGGGGCCACACUUCUGGACAGUUCAGCGCCUUUAAAAACACACCAUUUUUAAAAAGCUGUUGCAUGUCUUCGUUUUGAUGCAUUUGCAACAUCGUGCGAGAGUUUAAACUUUACAUAAGUACGUAAUACAUCGUUUUUGACAAUUGUUUACAUUUAUUUCUUUACAAAUGGCAUUCUUAUUUACAGGGGGGACAACACAUUUUGAAUAAUUUUAGUAUCCAACUCUGUGGGACAGAACAGUAAAACAUGUAUUGGACAGAUAAGUUGUGUGUCAAGAUGCUGUUCAUUUACUAAAAAAUCUGUUGUUUUGUGAUAUACUGCUAAACCUUAAUUUUGGUUCGAAACUGCUUUUAGGUUUAAUGUUUUAGAAAAAAAACUUCUGGCAUUUAAGUUCUGAUUUCCAUAAAAGGCAAAAAGUAAACUCCCAGCCCCCCCCCCCCCCCCCCCCCCCCCCCCCCCCUCGUCCCUCCGACACACACAUACACGCAUACACACAGAGAGAAACUCAAAAGGUCGACCCCUUAGUGGAAGAUUUCUUUUUCUUCCUAAGAUGUUUUUACCGUCAAAGAGGUAUGUUUUCAUGCUACAACUUCAAACGUCUUUUGAAAUUUAGUUUACGUAUGAACUUCCUUCAUAUCUGGAUCAGCCAACCGAAAACAUAACUUUUUACUUCCUGUUUCGCUAUGUAAAUUAUUUUGAUAUUAUCGAGUUGACUCGUGGAUUGUAAAAAAAGAAACAGUUGCGAUGUUAGGACAGUUAUUUUGUGUUUUAAUUAUUUUCUUAAUUGGUUAUAUUCAUGAGACAGGUUCCUCAUGUGCUACAAAGUCUGAAGGAGUACACACGUUCGGUCUAAAGUGUGAAUACAUGUGCCAUUGUAACAAUAGCGUUGCCUGUAAUAGCAGUACUGGAGACUGUCCGAAUGGUUGUGAUACCAAAUGGUUUGGUCCAGGCUGUCAGUUUAGAAAUGUAGCAGAAAAUGGAGUGGCCAGACAUUUAGAUAACAUUCCAGAGGGGUCUGGGGCACACAGAGCAAAUGACGGGAGUACGGAAUCUUGUAGUUUCACAAACGUACCGACAGGCAACAGAAGUAGAAGCCCUUGGUGGAGGGUGCAACUACCACAUAAUGAAACAAUUCAGAGUAUGGAAUUUGUCACGAAAGACGAAUAUUUGGGUUAUUUCAAAGGAUUUAAAGUUACAGUUGAGAAUGUUCCAGCAAGCAAGGAUACUGAUGUAGCAUACUACCCUCCUGCUUCUCAAGUACAAUUGUGUUACCAGCAUAGUAAUUUUGCUCCCACCAACAGGAAGAUUUAUGUCACCUGCCAUAAACCUCUUGAGGGAAACUUGGUGAGGUUACAUCUUGCAAAGACAAACACGCAACUUGUGCUUUGUGACGUCAAAAUAAACGGCGGUAGAAAUUUGGCGUUUCGGAGAAAUGUCACAUUCAGUUCAGCAUUGAACGAGAUUAAUUAUCCAUCUACAAAUGCAGUGGACGGCGUAUUUAAAGACAUCUGGCCGUUUUGUUUUGCACUUGAUGAUAAUUGGAUACGAACGACUCACUGGUUAACUAUAGAUUUGGGUCACUUGUCGUUUAUUACCCUCUCACGUAUUACCAAGUUCUCAAGGACAGAUGAUCGUAUCAGGAAUUAUCUGUUAUAUGUAUCAAACACAACAACAGAAGCUGAUGCUGUAAAUGUCUAUAACGAUACAGGGAACAAACCACCAAAUUUAAAAGUAACCCUAAAUGUAAUAGGACGUUAUGUUACAAUAAAGCGACUUUCUGCACAUAGAACACUAGUCUGUGAAAUGGAAAUAUAUGGAGACUGCAUGGCGGGAAAAUGUGGUUAUGACUGUUCGGUGGAAUGUCGGUGUAAGACUAUAGAAGACAAAAUAUCAGGAGUAUGUACCUCUGGUUGUGAGGGUAGAUGGACCGGUCCAGGCUCACAGUGUGUUAACGAAUGCGGAACGUUUCAAUGGGGUCAAAAUUGCACAAACCCGUGCGGUAAAUGCAAAAAUUCCCAAUCAUGUGAUGUGAUAAACGGAUAUUGUCCAUUCGGUUGUCAAGACGGAUAUGUUGAUAGUCCACUGUGUGGCACUGAAUGUCCGGAUGGCACAUAUGGUGGAAACUGUUCGCUCGACUGCAGUGGUAAUUGUUUCGACAGAGAUGCAUGCAGAAAAUCUGACGGAUAUUGCGAGAGAGGAUGCAGUCCAGGUUAUACAGGCGACAAAUGCAAUCGAGAAUGCACUUCUGGCUUGUAUGGAAUAAACUGCACGUUACGUUGUAGUGUAAACUGUGAUAAUGUAACCUUAGAUUGUCAUCAUGUGAAUGGAACAUGUUUAAGUGGAUGUGUCGCCGGAUGGAAAGGACAAAUGUGUGACAAAGUAUGUGAUAAAAGUACAUGGGGAGAAAACUGCGAGAAAACAUGUGGAUUUUGUUUGAGUGGAUCAUGUGAUCGUUUCAACGGUCGGUGUGUAGGAGAAUGCCUUCCCGGAUACAAAACAACAAACAUGUGCAUUGAAGAAUGCACAGCAGGGACAUUUGGAGCCGGUUGCUCUGGUAUGUGUAGUACAAAGUGUAAAGUUCCUGGACAAUGUAAUAAUGUAAAUGGACACUGUGAAUCAUGUGUAGCUGGGAAGCAGGGUGCCUACUGUGAUAAAGGAUUGACACAGGAGAGUAAAGUAUUUCCGAUGGGCGGUGUUGUUGGUGGCGUGGUAGCAGUGGUUGUUGUCAUAGCAACUGUGGUCUUGGUGUUUUUAUUCUUGAGGCGGAGAAAGGCGCAAUUACAGAGUAUGUCGACCAGCCAAAUAGGUUUUGACACUAUUCUAAACCAAGAGAAAAUAGAGUAUGGUGGAAGUAUUAAAAGGAACAAUAUUUAUGAGAAUUCAUCAGAAAUAUUGGCGGAAUUGGGCAAGUUAAAAGCUUCUCCAAACUCCUCAGACGUGAAAAACGAAGUUCCUGCACUGCUUGAUGAAGAAACAAGCGACAUUUAUUAUAACGAAGGACUUCUUGCCAAACGGCGAUCAGAGCAUUCCGUCUUUAUAACAGAUCUUAAAGAAUACGUUAGAAAGAGAACCGCGAAUGUGGAAUAUCUUGUUCAAGAAUUCCAGAAAUUACCAAGCAGGUUGCAACACCCAACCUCAUUUGCCAAGAAACCAGGAAACGCUGGGAAAUCUAGGUACAAGGUGAUGUAUGCAUAUGACCAUUCUAGAGUUGUUUUGAAGACCUUGCCAGGACAACCGGACAGUGAUUAUAUUAAUGCUGCAUUUAUAAGGGGUCAUUUCAAGGACAAUGCAUAUAUUGCUGCUCAAGGUCCAAUAGAUUUCACUUUAGAUGACUUUUGGAGAAUGAUAUGGGAAAAGGAUGUUUAUACUAUUGUUAUGGUCACAAGACUUGUUGAAGAGACCAAGAUGAAAUGUGUUCAAUACUGGCCGGAAGCGGAAGACAGCAUUAAAUAUGGAGAAAUUAAUAUUCUGACAGAAUCAGUAGAUAUAUUUGCGGAAUUUACUAUAAGGCAUAUAAAGGUUUCACAUAAGGACAAUCCAGACAAUGUAAGAAAUGUAACCCAGUUUCACUAUACCGCCUGGCCUGAUAAAGAUGUUCCCAGGAGUACGACAAGUUUGUUACACUUCUGGUAUCAAGUUAGGAAACAUGACGGGCAAAAGAAUCAUCCGUGGCUGGUCCACUGCAGCGCUGGCGUUGGACGUACUGGUACCUUCAUAGCACUAGACAUACUUUAUGAUCAAGGCAAGGAUAAGGGUUUUGUUGAUGUGUUUGGAUGUGUGAGAGACCUCAGGGAUCAAAGGGUCAGCAUGGUGCAGACAAAGGAACAAUAUAGAUACUUGCACAAUAUGUUGGUUGAGGUCCUGGUAUUACCAUCAAAACCUGUGCACAUUGAUGAAUUUCCAGCUGUGUAUAGUGAUUUACAAGAAAUAGAUCCGAAGACGGGAAAAACAAAACUCCUGUUACAGUACGAGACAUUACUUGAUGAUAUAGAUGGUAGAAGUGAGUCUGAAGAUACUGACGAAAUGUACACUUCGGCUAAACAAACAGAUAAUAGAAAUAAAAACAGAUACGACAACAUUCUUGCAGCCAAUGAGUAUCGUCCGUAUUUGUUCACGAAGGUCAAAGGGUGUACAAACUACAUUAACGCUGUAUACAUACCGAGCUAUUGCGAUACUCACGGAUACAUUAUAACACAGACACCGUUAGCGAACACCGCCAUCGACUGCUGUCGCUUAGUGUGCGAACAUGAGGUGAAGGUCAUUGUCACAUUUGAGGAGGGUAGUGAUGAAGAAACAGGGGUCUACUUACCAGACAGUGGAUCGAUAAAGCAUGGUCCCUUCACGAUAACAUUGGUGUCCGAACAAGACAAGGGAGUUUAUAUAUCCAAAGUCCAUAAGCUAGAGUUCGAUUCAAAUGAACACAUGUUCACACAGUUUGUUUGUAAACAAUGGCCGCCGGGAAAGAUAACACCACAUGAUCCAUAUAAGAUGUUGUCAUUUCUACAAGAUCUUGAAUGUAUCCAGAGACAGACUGAAAAUAAGCCUGUGGUUGCCCAAUGUCUAAACGGGGCAGAGCGCAGUGGUCUGAUUGUGGUACUGAUGAACAUCAUGGAGCGUGUGAGAUUCGAUGGUGAGGUUUCCAUUCCACAAGUUAUCCGUCAACUGCAUAUCAGGCGACAGCAAAUUAUUCCCAAUUUUGAACAGUUUGAAUUUUGCUAUUGUGUGCUAAAAGCUCAUGCGGACAGCAGUGCAACGUAUGAAAACGUAUAAACGUACAGACAUUGAAGUUCGGAAAACAUUUUAUAUCUAUCUAGUUUUCAGUGAACAUUACACUACCUACUUACAUAUUGUUUCAGAACAAUUGUAUUCUUACAUUGUCCAACAAAGUGCAAGAGGCAAAAAUGUUAGCUUUCUUUGAUGCAAACAUGCAAGACAAUGUUUUUGUUCUUGCUCAUGCUUCGUGUUAUAUUGUUUUGAUAACUGGUUUUCUCUUAAGUAUACAAAGUUUUCUCAACAUUCAUUUUUUUAAAAUUAAUAUUAUUGGAAGGUUGCUUUGAUAGUGAUCAUAAUUACUACCAAAUCUUUUGCUUACUUGUUUAUAUUUAAUGUUUCAUUUGUAUACAGAGUCUCAAACAAAUCAUUUUGUAUGACGAUAACUUGUACCAACUCGCUUGUUAACUAUUGUAUUGUAUUUCUAUAGCACGCACGGUUGCACAAUAAUAUCCGUGGAACGCGGCAUUUGAAUUGAUACCAACUUGCUUGUUUAACUCGUUAAUAUUUUUAGUUUAUUUAACAUACAGAUUCUGAAAGGAAUACUCAUGGAACCUGGCAUUUAAACUAAUGGUAGCACUAUCAAGUUACUUGUUGAUAUUACGAUUCUUCAGCACAUUUGUUCUGAUUGGUCCUAAUAUAAUUUUGCUCUUGUAUAUAGCAUACAUGAUCUCAGUAUAGAAAAUUCACAUUUUUAGCAUAAAUGGUCCCAAAAUAAUACUGAUGGAAAGUAUCUUUUAUACUGAUGGUAAUUCAUUGCUUGUUAAAUGCUUGUUUAUUUUACUUUUUACCAUACAUUGUCUCUAAAUAUAAAUCUCAAGGAACUUUUAUACUGAUGGUAACUCAUAAGACCUGUCUUGUUAACUCUUGUGUAUUUCACCUUUCUCUAGCGUCACUUUUCUCUAGCGUUACAGUACUCAUCGAACGUGAUUUUUGUAGUGAUGAGAGCGUGUAAAAUCUUAUUUGUUUGCUAUGUUAUAUUUUACGUUGUUUUAGCAUACAUGAUUUCGCAAUUAUACUCAUAGAUGUCAAACGCUUGAUUCAAACCGAUGAUAACUAAUAACAACUCGAAAUUUUGCCUUGCUUAAUCGAAAUGUCAACUUACUUACUCAAAGUUUUGACUUACCAACAACCUAGCGUCGACGUUGGGUAUAUUAUUUCUUAAACAACAUUUAAAUCAUGAAAUAUAUAUAAUUAACAACCCAACCACCUCCGAAAAAAGAAACUGUCAUAUCUUUUCAAGGAAGAAAACCUAGCGUCGAAGGGGUAUUGAACCCGUACCGCAGGUAUCUUGCAAUCAUAACUCUAAUUUGAGAAAUUAUUACAGGAAGUCUGUCUAAUUAAAAUAAAGUGAGAAAAUCUUCUAAUCCACAAACACGUCUAUACAACAAACCAUAUCUGUUGUUGAGUAAUGGCAAUAUCGCGCUGAGCCUCUUAACUUAAAGUACGCGAAAUAUUUAGCAUUUCAUUUCAUUUCACUACAUUAUCAAAACCACAGAACUACUUAGUUAAUAUACUGACAAGAUAAAGAAACGUUGGCGUUAUUUUCGUUGCGUAGUUUGAAUAAAUUUGGCAAUGCCACGUAGAUACCGUACCAGAGCUUUUCGCAUACUUUUCAAAAUAUAGUGGUAGUUACAAUUAAAAAUGUAAACAACGAAGUCUGUCUAUGAAUCAUUAGAAUGAAUGAAUUGCAGACGAGGUCCUGGGUUGGAGUCCUGGUCAGAGAUUAAAUGUUUUCAUUCUGCUACAGUAUGUUUUUGCUGUUUUUAGACUGUUCAAGAUGUUCCGUAUUUUUAGCGAACAGUAUCAUGGAUCAUUAUUUAGCAAUCCAGAUCACAGCUGAAUGUUAAAAGAAAUGCACCAAAAUAGAAAAUAUUCAAUAUA